ACACUCUACAGGAGUAUAUCAUUUACGAGCAAAACAAGCCGCGAACUACAUGCAACAUAAUCAUGAGCUUCAGACCUUACCGUGUUGGUCAAUGGAUUCCUUCUGACCUCAAAUUUCCUGACAAAUGGUUAGCCAACUUCAUCACAGAGGUCCAAAUUAAAUACAAAGAUAAGUUAGCGUUAUUGAUGGCUCUUCAUCCACCGGCUGAAGAUGAAGAAACAGCUGAUGGUGAAACUCCGCCGAUAGUUGCUCACGGUACAGAAGAAGACCUCGGUCUCCAUCCACCUGUUCAAGAAUUAUUGAAAGCUAUCAUCUCCGAUCCCGAGAUCAAUAUGUUCUUCCAUCAGAUGUUCUGGCAACAGUACAAGAAUCCAGACGGUUCGAAAAGAACAAGGAUCCCUUGUUGGCAACUGAUGAUUAUUUUAAUCGACUACAUCAUGACAACAGCUCCAGAGUACAACAAAACCAGUUUGGUUGGUCUCCCCAUCAAUGUAAUCCUGAACUGGCCGAUGGCUACGACUGCUGGAUUUUCUGCUUUCCUCAACGACAAAGUCAACAGGUUGUUCAAAAGUAUUCUCAACUACUGGGGAAAGUUUCUUUCCAGUUCUGCUUCUUGUCACGUGUUGACUGAUGAUCCUCGUCAUGGUUGGUUUGGUGAAGACGCAAUGCAAACAAUGCCAAACUUCGUCCAAGAGUUCAAAUGCAAGCCUAAUGAAAAACAUUAUGGUUUUACAUCAUGGGAUGACUUCUUCACCAGAGAGUUUCGUGAUGGCAUUCGUCCAGUAGCAUCUCCGGAAGACGAUUCCAUUGUUGCGAAUGCCUGUGAGUCAGCACCAUACCAGAUCUCUACAGCCGUGAAAAAGAGGGACUUCUUCUGGGCAAAGCACCAACGGUACUCAUUGGACUUCAUCCUGAACAUGAGUAACCUUGCCAAGCAAUUUCAUGGUGGAACCGUCUACCAAGCGUACCUAAGUGCCACCAGUUAUCACCGAUGGCACAGUCCUGUGUCGGGCACCAUUUACAAGACAGAACUCGUGGAUGGUUCUUAUUAUUCUGCAACCCACGACAUUCAGGAUAGCCCCGCAUCGGCCAACAUAUGCAUGUCACAAGGAUACCUAGCCCAAGUAGCUGCCAGAGGUAUUAUCUACAUUCAAGCUGAUAAUCCCCACAUUGGCUUGAUGUGCUUCGUAUCGCUCGGUAUGUCAGAGGUGUCCUCCAACGAAAUCACGAUUGAAGAAAAGGAUAAAGUGAAGAAAGGUGACCAGCUUGGCAUGUUUCACUAUGGUGGGUCCACCCAUCUACUGAUAUUUCGCCCUGGAGUUAAUAUUGAGUUCGAUACGAGAGGUCAAACGCCAGGUCUGCAUACCGAAAAUAUUCAUGUUAAAUCGAAAAUUGCGACCGUACAUCCAUCAACCUAAGCAAAUAUAAAUAUGGAUUUUGAUAAACAGCUUGAUUUUGACAGAGUUCGGCAUGAACAUGAUAAUUUUCUUUCUUUCCUCUUAGAUGUCUUUUGAUGAUAGGGAAAUUUAGUUUUUUUCAUUUUCACCUCGUCAAUCGUAUGAACUACUAAAUUUAGAAUGAUCGGCAACUACUAAAGUUAGGAAUGUUCUGGCCUAGUGUUUGUGAAUUGUUUAGGCCUGUUAAAUUAUUUUGCAAUCCUUAUGAGAGUCUUAUGUGAGCCUUGGUUUGUUAUGUGCUGCAAGACCACACAUUUAUUUUUACCUUUUGAGUAGUUGGUCCUCGACCGUUGUAAUAGGCUUGUUGUACGAUAAUUGUCAUCGCUGGCCGUGUUUGCGCUUGUCCUUGCUUAGAGCC